AUGUCUCACGAACAGCAAUCGUCCGUUCAAAGAUUAAUCGUCCGUACGGAAUCCCCUCUGCCAUCCGUCUUGGUUCAGGAGACGGUGACCAUCACACGCGAGGAUGCGUUGGUAGCAGUCGGCAGCCUGAUCGAUACAAUGCGUGACUUCAGACGCAUCAAAGAUCUGUCUACCCAACUCAAGGAGACACUUACGGAGCCAAUGGUUAUCGUACUGCCGCCUGACAUGAAGAUGUGGCUGAACGUCUGGGCAGCUUUUUUCGGGUUCGACGACAUCAAACGAUGGCUAGAAGGAGCUACGGAGGACAAGCGGCAGCACAGUUGGAUUCAAGUAGGAGAAAACCCAUUGCUGUGGUCAAGCAGAGGACCAACAGCGAUCCUUGAUGAGAUGAGGCAAGUGAUGAACGUGGAAGGAGUGGACGAGGCCGCCCGUCGACGAAAGAUGCAUCUUCUUAUAGAUCAGAUGCAGGUCUACAUCCCGUAG